AUGUCCAUAAAAUGCUUUUGUGACCCUGUUAUGAAUGGAACUGAAUUUGAUUUCACUCCAUGCAACAUCUCUUCAUUUAACCACACUGGUAAUGGGAGUGGAUUUUGUCAGCCCCAAACAAUGGAAGAUAUCCUGCUCAGACUCCUUGGACCAAGGAGGUCUCCAUUCUUCCUCCCAGUGACAUUAACCUACAUAUUUAUCUUUGUCACUGGUGUUUUGGGGAAUCUUCUGACUUGUACAGUGAUCACUAAGCACAAGAAGAUGAGAACACCUACCAACCUGUACCUCUUCAGCCUGGCCAUCUCUGAUUUGCUGGUGCUGCUGUUUGGAAUGCCUCUGGAGAUAUAUGACCUGUGGCAAAACUACCCUUUCCCAUUUGGUGAGAUCAUUUGCUGUUUCAAGAUAUUUUUGUUUGAAACGGUUUGCUUUGCAUCUGUGCUCAAUGUCAUGGUUUUGAGCAUUGAACGCUAUGUGGCUGUGGUCCACCCACUCAAGACUCGUUAUGCCAUCACCAACAAACAUGCACAAAGGGUUAUCGGAGGGGUUUGGGCUGUGUCUCUGGUCUGUGCCAUCCCUAACACCUCCCUCCAUGGCCUACAUUAUUAUUAUCUACCUGAGAAGGUCCUUGAGUCAGCCACCUGCAACCUUCUCAAGCCCCAGUGGAUUUAUAACUUGGUGAUCCAGGUGACCACUAUUCUAUUCUACUUUAUACCCAUGACAGUGAUUAGUGUGCUCUAUAUAGUAAUAGGGAUAAGGCUUGGCAGGGAGCAGAGGCAGAAGGGUAGGAAACUGGGGAAAAAUUGCAAUGCAGACACCAGUUGGAAGAUACAAGUUGAGAGUGGACGGAAGAGGCAAAUCACCAAAAUGCUAUCUGUUGUGGUGCUGGCCUUUGCUAUCUGCUGGGCUCCAUUCCAUAUUGACAGACUCUUGUGGAGUUUCAUCACUAAUUGGACCGACCACUUGCACAACAUCUUCGAGUACGUGCAUAUCCUCUCCGGCGUGUUGUUUUACCUCAGCUCUGCCAUCAAUCCUAUCAUCUACAACCUUCUUUCCAGCCGCUUUCGGGAACGAUUUUUUGAGCUGAUGUGUAGGCACCCAGAAGUCAACACUAGACGGAGCAUCUCUCCACCCUACAGCAAAAGGAUUUCUUUCCUUAAAAGUCAUGAGGCUCUUAGAGCCAACUCUCAGGCCCACAGUAACUAUUCAAAAGGGCCCCAUCCCUCUGUUAUCCUCGGCACUGGAUGGGAACAGGAGCUUGACACUUCCUUUAUGUAA